AUGCAACAGUCUCAAUACGCCUCUCGAAUGGACACGCGCCAGAUAUGGACGUGGAACGCAACGGUGCCAGAGGCCAUGGAUGGCCUGGUCCACGGUCUUUUCGUGGAAAAGGCGAAUGAGGCACCAGAUGCAUUGGCGGUGGACGCAUGGGACGCCAGGUUCACCUACUCGGAGCUUGAUAGGGCCACGACACGGCUAGCAAGCCAUCUCGUUCACGUCAGCCGCGUCGAACCCGGCAUGAUGGUACCAAUAUGCUUUGAAAAGUCUGCCUGGGCUAUCGUGGCCAUGUUAUCAGUGCUCAAGGCUGGUGCUGCGUUUGUUCCUCUCGACCCAGCCCAACCAGCCCUUCGAAGGGCAAAAGUCUUGAGGCAGCUAGGCGACCGCGCAAAGGUAGCAAUCGCAUCAGUCUUACACGCCAAGACAUUGGAGGAAGACGGCCGCACAAUCAUCGUCGUUGGACCGUCUGAACUCGGACACCUACGGGAAGAAGCUCUGCCGCCAAUAUCUGUCGGUGCAGACUGCGCAGCUUAUUGUUUGUUCACAUCCGGCAGUACCGGAGAGCCCAAAGGCGUCGUUAUGGAGCACGGCGCGAUUGUGUCAAGCCAGGUCCGUCGACGCGAUUUCAAGGGAUACAACAAGGAUUCCCGAGUUUUUCAGUUUUCAUCCUAUACUUUCGACCCCUGUAUCGACGAGAUCUUCAUGACUCUCGGUGUCGGAGGCUGCAUUUGCGUACCCUCUGAAGAAGACAGGAUGAACAGGCUGGCAUCGACAAUUAAUAAAAUGUCCGUCAACCUACUCGAGGUUACUACUACAGUGGCGGGACUGAUCAGUCCUGACGAGGUUCCGUUGGUCAAGACAAUCAUCUUCGGCGGAGAGUUCUUGUCCCACGCUGCAUGCGCACCAUGGGAGGGUAAGGCCCGUGUAAUCAACUCUUACGGCCCAACCGAAUGCUGCGUCGACUGCGUCUUCACCGAUUUCACAACCAGGUCGACACCCGGACUCAUCGGUACAAGCGCCGCGUCCGUUACGUGGGUCGUUGACCCUGAUGACCACAAUCACCUGACGCCCAUCGGCUUGACUGGAGAGCUCUUGAUUGAGGGUCCAGUCCUGGCAAGAGCCUAUCUGAACAGCCCAGAAAAGACGGCAGAAGCAUUUGUACAAGAUCCCGAGUGGUUGAUCUGUGGAGUUGACGAUCGACCUGGCCGCCAGGGUAGGCUAUACAAGACUGGCGAUCUGGUCAAGUACACUACAGACGGCAAGCUUUUAUACGUUGGGCGCAAAGAUACUCAAGUCAAGAUCCAUGGACAGCGAGUUGAGCUGGAAGAGAUCGAGUCCCAAAUUCUGGAGUACGUGCCACAUGGCAGUGGUGUUAUCGCUGAGGUUGUCUCUUACGGAGACGGCACAGAGGCACUUGUGGCCUUUAUUCGUUCUUCCAGUGAGAAGACUUCGUCAGAAUUCUAUGGCAAUAGCGAUGCUCCAAUAUCUUUGGAGCCUAUGGCCAAUUCUACUUCUCUGCAGAGGAAUCUUUCCAAGGCCUUGCCCGGAUACAUGGUGCCCGCUGUCUUCUUCUCCAGUCGAGCUUUUCCGAUGACUACCUCCGGGAAGAUUGACCGCAAGUUUCUCCGAGAAGCAGCCUCACAGCGCGGGAUGGUCCACAACACCGGCGAGACCGCGCUUCGACCCAUCAGCAGCAGGGAGCAGAAGCUCCAGCAGAUAUUUGCCGAUAUUCUGAAGGUGGAAAAGUCGAAAAUCAGCGUCAACGAUAGCUUCUUUGAACUUGGCGGCACCUCGGUCGCUGCCAUAAAGCUUGCGGGCCAGGCACGGAAGCAGGGGAUGAAGCUUGCGGUCGCGGACAUCUUCCAGCAUCCAAGGCUCUGCGAUCUUGCGGCAAAAGCAUCUUCGAAGCCCAGCAAGAAAAAGGAUAUUUCGGUAGCUCCCUUCUCUUUGCUUGGAUCACCCGAAGAGGGUCGACUUGUUAGAGAUCGGACGGCAGAAUCGUACAAUCUGGAACCGGAUGCCAUCGAGGAUCUAUUUCCAUGCACGCCGCUACAGGAGGGUAUGUUAUCUUUGACCAGCCGCGACACCGGCAGUGAGUAUAUGAUCCAGCGGGUCCUCCACAUUUCGCCCAACAUGGAUAUUGGGCGGUUCCGCUCUGCCUGGGAAACUGUCGUCGAACAACUCCCGGCCCUGCGCACCAGAAUUUUCCUCGCUGAUGAUGGAGGAAAUCUGCUUCAGAGUUAUGUCAAGGAUGCAGUUCACUGGAAGCAGGCGAACGACUUGGACGAGUAUCUGAGGUGCGACAGAGCUAUACCCAUGGAGCUGGGAGAUCGGUUGGUGCGGUACGCCAUCGUGGAGGAAGGCCAAGAGAGGUAUUUCGUCUGGACCAUCCACCAUUGCAUCUACGACGGCUGGACAAUGCCGCGCAUGAUUGCGUUGGUUGAGCGCGCAUACGCUCAGGAAGCCCUGAGCAUCGGGAACCAGGCCAACUUCAACGCUUUUGUGAAAGGCUUCCUUAGCCGCAAUGUGGACGAAGCCAGAAAGUUUUGGACAUCGUAUCUUUCAGGCUCUGAAGCCACGAAACUCCCAAAUCGCGUCUACAAACCGGAUUCAGCAGACUCGAGAGGGUUUGCAGAGUGUCGCCGGCCACUCCCACUCAGCAGAAGCAAGAAUCACGUUCCGACUACCAUAAUACGUGCAGCGAUGGGAAUUGUUCUCAGCCAGCGUACGGGUUCAGACGACAUCGUCUUUGGAACCGUCGUAUCCGGUCGGCAAGCAGCAAUUGACGAUAUCCAAGACAUCAUGGGUCCCACGCUUGCGACUGUUCCGGUCAGGCUCCGGAUAGAUUCUAACAUGACCAAAGGGCAAUUCUUGGAUUCCGUGCAGAACGACGCCAUAGCAAUGGUACCAUAUGAGCAGGAAGGUAUUCAAAGCAUCGCCGGCUUUGACUCAUCCUGCCGAGACGCUUGCAAUUUCCAGAUGUAUCUGGCUGUACAGCAGGAUGACCCCGACUCUUUCGAUUCUGGAGCGCUUGGUCAGUGGCAGAGCGAGUUAGGGCGCCCAAAUGGGGUGAGCACCUAUCCCAUAAUGGUCGAGUGCUAUUUGGAAGGCGAUGGUCUUAACAUCCAAGCGACCUUCGACCAAGAAACGGUCUCUUCGUCGGAAAUGGACAGGAUCAUCAACCACUUCAUCUACGUUUUGGAGCAGCUUUUGCAGGGGGAUCUGUCCCAUAGGCUGGCUGACGUCGAACCGGUGUCACCGCAUGACCUACAGCGCAUCUUGGCAUGGAACGACACCGUCCCUGUUCUUGUCGAAGAAACGCUCCACGACAUCUCCUUGAGAAAGACUCGAGAGACACCCGACGCAAUGGCCGUCGACGCAUGGGAUGGGCGCCUGACGUACUCGGAACUGGACCUCGCCACGUCACACGUUGCAAACCUUUUGGUUCAAGCCGGCGUCGGACCGGAGAUUAUGGUACCUAUAUGCUUCGAGAAGAGCAUCUGGGCUGUCGUGACAAUGCUGGCCGUCCUGAAGGCUGGCGGCGCCUUUGUCCCCCUCGACCCAAAGCAGCCGAAACUUCGGCGGGAGACGGUUCUCAAGCAAAUUCCGUGUCCGGUGAUGGUCGCAUCCGCUGCGAAUGCUGGCUUGCUAGAGGCAGAUGGCCGCGCUGUCAUGGUCGUUGGACCAUCUAUGCUCAACAUUCAACGGCUAAGGUCCGACCCGGGUCAUGGGUCCAACGUUCUCAAGAAUAUCAGCCCUGACACAGCAGCGUAUAUACUCUUCACUUCUGGGAGCACCGGAGAGCCCAAGGGUGUUGUCAUACAGCACCAAGCAAUUACUUCUAGUCUCCUGUCACGUGCAGAAGGUCAAGGGUACGGUCCUCAGACUCGCAUCCUCCAAUUUGCCUCCUACACCUUCGACGCAAUGGUGGACGAAAUUUUCAUGACGCUGGCAUGCGGCGGAUGUAUUUGCAUUCCAUCAGAUGACGAUGCUAUGAGUGACCUGAAUGGGUCGAUCAGGGAUUUUGGAGUGAAUAGUCUGGCUCUGACGGCUACUAUACUUCGCCUGAUAGGGCCGGAGGAGGUCCCCGACGUCGAUUCGGUCAUUUUCUGGGGUGAAGCUGUCUCACAGCAAGACUUGAAGCGGUGGACUCGGGUCCCGAGGAGGCGGACACCAAGAAUUCAGGUUCGGUAUGGACCAACCGAAUGCUGCGUUACCUGCACUCAUUACGAAGUCGACCUCGACAGGCUUCCCCGAGGAAACCCCAUCGGGAAAGCAGUUGGUUCAAGGGCGUGGGUCGUGGAUUCAAACAACCACGAUGAACUCGUCCCCAUCGGGGGGAUCGGGGAACUGCUCAUGGAGGGCCCAGCGCAGGCUCGUUGGUACUUGAACGAUCAGGCCAGAACCGAUGCGGCAUUUAUCUACGACCCUAAUUUCCUUAUCCACAACUCCCGUCUUGAUCAAAUACAAGCUGGAAAAAGGAGGCUGUACAAGACUGGUGACCUCGUCAGGUACGACGAUGAUGGGAAUCUCAUUUACAUGGGGCGCAAGGAUGCGCAGGUCAAGCUCAACGGCCAGCGUGUGGAACUUGGAGAAAUCGAGUCGCACAUUGCCAACUGCAUCUCGGGUGCUUCACAAGUCCUCGCUGAUAUAGUCACUCUUGAGGGCGGGAAGCGUGUGCUGGCGGCGUUCGUCAAGUUUGAUACCGACGACAAGACAACACCUACGGAAGGCCAGCUGGCCAAGGCACUCCCAACUGCUGACAAGCUCGAAAUCGAAAACAAAAUGUCUCAGCGUGUCCCGAGGCACAUGAUACCCACACUGUUCUUCGCCAUCCAACGCGUCCCCCACACACUCACCGGCAAGCUAGACCGCCGGUUAUUACGUGACGAAGCAAAACGUGCCGGGCUGCAAGGUAAUCAGCAGGAGAAGGAUGAAAAGGCCACAUCUAUCCCGAUGACUGAACGCGAGAAAAAGAUGCAGCAGGUCUGGAGCAAGAUCCUCAACCUGGAGCUUUCGGCCAUACACGUGGAUGAUACUUUUUUCCAGCUGGGUGGUCACUCAGUAACUGCGAUGAAAGUGGCGGCCGAGGCCCGAAAACACAAAAUGAGUGUCACAGUGGCGGAUAUUUUCCAGAACCCACGCCUGCGUGACCUGGCUGCGGUGGCCAGGUCCUCUACUAUGAACCAACAAGACGCUACCAUCACGCCGUUUUCAUUGCUUCCGAACCCUUCGGAGAGCCUUAAUCUUUGUCGAGAGAUAGAAGCGGUGCACGGGCUCGAACAGAAUGCGAUUGAGGAUCUUCUGCCGUGCACCCCUCUCCAAGAAGGCCUCCUCUCGUUGACCAGCGGCGACACUGGAGAUUACGUUGCUCAAAGGGUUCUUCGCAUCUCGGACGACAUUUCACUGGACCGGCUGCGCGAUGCUUGGGAGGUCGUCGUACGCGCUCUUCCCAUACUGAGAACCAGGCUCUUCUUCACGAAAGACCAUGGCAUUCUCCAAGGUGUCUUGAGACGGGGAAUCGAAUGGACCCACGCAGAAAGCCUCGAAGACUAUUUGCAGUCAGACAUGGCCAAGUCCACGGGGAUCGGCGAACCUCUGAGCCGGUAUGCAAUCAUCAAUGGCCAGUCUGGCCAGGGAAGGUGGCUCGUGUGGACAAUGCACCACAGCCUCUACGAUGCGUGGACGUUGCCGCGUAUCCUGGAAAUGGUCGAGCGCGCCUACAGAGGCAUGAGUCUCGGGAAGCAUGUUAGCUUUUCUGUCUUCAUCAAGUACUUCAUGAACCGGGACAAACAGAAGACAAGGCAGUUCUGGCAAGAUUAUCUGUCCGGCGCCGGCCGUCUUAGACUCGUCAAACACGGUGAAACGACCGAGCCCCCUUCGAGAGGGUUCCUUCAGAGCGAGCGGGCCACGAAGUUCAACAGCGACCACCAUGUCCCUGCAACCUUCGUCCAUGCAGCUGUGGGCAUCGUUCUAAGUCAACUUUCUGGCGGAGUGAAUGACGUGACGUUUGCGAGCACAGUCUUUGGCCGAGCCUGUCCGGUAGAUGGCAUCGAGAACGUCAUGGGUCCAACCAUCGCAACAGUUCCCGUGCGGGUCCAAUUCCAGCAUGGACAGACAGUCAAGGAUCUUCUCGAGAGGCUGCAAAACCACGCUGCAUCGAUGGUCCCGCAUGAACAGGAAGGGAUCCAGAAUAUCCGGCGGAUGAGCCAGUCUUGCCGGGACGCAUGUGAGUUCCAGGCUUAUCUUGUAGUGAAGCAAGACGACCCCGCGUAUCCCGAUGAACCCGGUUCUGGGAUGUUUGGCGAAUGGCAAGAAGGACCAGAACAGAGCGAGCUGACUACGUAUCCCAUCAUGAUGGAGUGCCGCGUCCACGACGAGGGAUUCAAAGUCCGAAUGAGCGUCAGCACUGAGGUGGCGUCACUGGAGGGUAUGGGUUUGCUCAUGGAUAGAUUCCAUUCUGUCUUGGAGAAGCUUUUGCAAUCGAGCUCUGCGAGCACUUUGCAGGAAGUCAUAUCAACACCGACAUCGGGACUGAAGCCGGUUUGGGAAAGGGAUCUCGAGCAUGAUCCUCUCAACGGCAAUGCCCGCGUCCAACCAGGCUUUGGCGACAUUCUUCACAGCAGACCGAAUGGGCAACCGCCGCCUGUGACGAACGAUAUCUUGAGGCCGGCCGGUAGACCCGCAGAGAUACUUCACCGUAUCUGGGCUGAGGCUCUCGGAUUGGAUCCGUGGACCUUUAGUAUAAACGACAACCUCUUCCACCUGGGUGGUGAUUCAAUUGCGGCUAUGAAAGUCGCUGCUGCUGCCCGCACCUAUGGCUGCAAAAUCACUGUCUCGAAUCUCCUCAGGUUCCCUACUAUAUCCAAGCAGCUGUCUCAUUUCUCAAUCUCGUCCCGGGAGGAAACUUCUGCAAACAAUGGGCACGUGAGCGGUUCGGCAGAGAAGCUUCAGCACAUCUGGGCCAGCGCUCUGGGACUGAAACCAACUGCAAUCAGCGUGGAAGAUAAUUUGUUCCAUCUGGGCGGUGACUCGGUUGUCGCUAUGAAAAUCGCCGCCAAUGCGCGUGCCUCCGGCUGGAGCAUCGCCGUCUCGGAUAUCCUCAAGUUCCCGACCAUAUCCCAACAGCUUCCAUAUUUCUCAGCCCGGAAGGCUUUAGAGCCGGUCUUGGCCGUCCCGCGUCCUUACUCGUUGAUACCUUCCGGUCUGAAAGAAGAGGUCCUCGAACGCCUGGGCAAAGAGGGAUUCCGGAACGACGUGCUCGAUAUCCUGCCAACUACCGAUUUCCAAAGCAUGACCGUCACGGACAACAUCAAAGCUCCAUGGACGGCCCGAAAUUUCUUUUCUCUGGAUCUGGGGUCUUCCGUCGACUCCGAGAAUCUCCAAGAUGCUUGCAACGCCCUCGUCAGCCACCUUGAGGUCCUCCGGACCGUGUUUGUUUGUGCCAGGGGAAAGACGUGGCAGGUCGUGCUCAGGAGCCUCCCAGUCGCGCUGACGACGAUCACGGCGACGAAUGAGGACCCCGCGGAACUCCACAACAAGAUCAACGAAAUCGCUCAAAAGAAUUCCUCCUUCGAUCAUCCGGUCGUGUCUUUCACACUGGCCCACACACCCAGCGUCGGCUACAAGCUCAUCAUAGGGAUCUCACACGCCCAGUACGACGGACUAUCAGUCCCCUUGAUCCUGAGAGUGCUCGAAAGCGCGUACAACAAAACUCCGGUACCCAUCUCAACCCCUUUCUCAGCAUAUCUCAAUCUCCAAGACAAGCGCCGCUCCUCGUCCCGCGCGUACUGGAGGACGCUGCUCAAGUCCUCGAGUCUCACACAAGGAUUGCCAAGACUAUCCGCCGACCUGUCUCCCAACGUGCAGCCUCGCAGGAUUGAAGCCGGAGGGAUGAUAAAGCUGGCAGAAGCCAUCCCCGAGGGCUUCACCCUCGCCGUAGUGGCCAACCUGUCUUGGGCGUUGCUCCUGCACACCGCCACCGGGAACGACGACAUCGUCUAUGUGACGCUGGCCUCAGGCCGCAGCCACCCUGUCCGCGGCAUCGAGGGUGUCGUGGGCCCAUGCAUCACCCUCGUCCCCGUGCGACUGAUCUUCUCCAAGCUGUGGGCGGCCUCGGAGCUGGCCACAUCUGUGCAGGAGCAGUUCCUGGCCCUUGACCAGGGCGACACCAUGGGCAUCGACGAAAUCCGCGCGCAAUGCACGGACUGGCCCGCACAGCCCGCUUCCGACUCCGUCUUCUUCCACCAAGGCGUGAGCGACAGCCCCGAGCAUAACCUCGCGGGGGCGCCGGUCAAGGCCCAGCUGUACCUGAACCCGGCGGUUGAAAUUAAGAGGACGAUUGUGACGACGACACAGCUUGAUGAAGGCCUUGCCGUUAAAGUCCAGAGUUCGAGUACUUUGAUGACCGAGAAAGAUGCUUUUGCACUGGUCGACGCGUUUUCUGCUGCCUUUUCUAUUGUCUGCAGGAACCUGUAG